GCAGCGGCUACGACGAGCACCACGGUGACAUCAGGGCCACCACAGCAGCGCAGUCCUCAUCACUGCCAAUUUAUGUCAUUAUAACGGCAAUGGAAUAUAGAGCAGCGGAUUAUUAGACGCGUUUUGAACUGGGCCUCUUGUUUUGGCGGCGCAACAAAGCAAUGUGGAGGAAAUAAAGAUCCUGAAACGCUGAAAACCAGAGAUUAUAGAUAAUGGGCUGUGUGCAAUGCAAGGAUAAGGAAGCAACCAAACUCACAGACGACCGAGAUACCAGCAUCUCCCAGGGAGCCGGAUACCGCUAUGGGGCCGACCCCACGCCGCAGCACUACCCCAAUUUCGGGGUCACCGCCAUCCCCAACUACAACAACUUCCACGCCCCCGUCGGACAGGGGAUGACCGUCUUCGGGGGAGUCAGCACUUCCUCUCACACUGGAACUCUGAGGACUCGUGGCGGGACGGGAGUCACCCUCUUCGUGGCACUUUACGACUACGAGGCGCGGACAGAGGACGACCUCAGCUUCAGGAAAGGAGAGAGGUUCCAGAUCAUCAACAGCACUGAAGGGGACUGGUGGGACGCUCGCUCGCUCACCACUGGAGGCAGCGGCUACAUUCCCAGUAAUUACGUGGCUCCAGUGGACUCCAUCCAGGCUGAGGACUGGUACUUCGGUAAACUGGGCCGUAAAGAUGCGGAGAGGCAGCUGCUGUCCACCGGCAACCCACGAGGGACCUAUCUCAUCCGGGAGAGCGAAACCACAAAGGGUGCCUUCUCCUUGUCCAUACGAGACUGGGACGACGUGAAAGGCGACCACGUCAAACAUUAUAAGAUCCGCAAGCUCGACAGCGGCGGCUACUACAUCACCACCAGAGCUCAGUUCGACACGUUGCAGCAGCUCGUCCAGCACUACUCAGACCGAGCCGCUGGGCUCUGCUGUCGCUUGGUGGUUCCCUGCCACAAAGGGAUGCCCCGCCUCGCCGACCUGUCCGUCAAAACCAAAGACGUGUGGGAGAUCCCACGGGAGUCGCUGCAGCUAAUCAAGCGUCUUGGGAACGGGCAGUUUGGGGAGGUCUGGAUGGGAACGUGGAACGGCACCACGAAGGUGGCGGUGAAGACUCUGAAGCCUGGCACCAUGUCCCCAGAGUCCUUCCUGGAGGAGGCUCAGAUCAUGAAGAAACUCCGCCACGACAAGCUGGUGCAGCUGUACGCCGUGGUGUCUGAGGAGCCCAUCUACAUCGUCACAGAGUACAUGGGCAAAGGAAGCCUGCUGGACUUCCUGAAGGACGGAGAGGGACGAGGGUUGAAGCUGCCCAACCUGGUGGACAUGGCGGCUCAGGUGGCAGCAGGCAUGGCCUACAUCGAGAGGAUGAACUACAUCCACAGAGACCUGCGCUCCGCCAACAUCCUGGUGGGAGACAAUCUGGUGUGCAAGAUCGCUGACUUUGGCCUGGCCAGGCUCAUUGAAGACAAUGAAUACACGGCUCGGCAAGGUGCAAAGUUCCCCAUCAAGUGGACGGCCCCGGAGGCUGCGCUGUACGGGAAGUUCACCAUCAAGUCAGACGUGUGGUCGUUUGGCAUCUUGCUCACAGAGCUGGUCACCAAGGGACGGGUGCCUUACCCAGGGAUGAACAACCGCGAGGUGCUGGAGCAGGUGGAGCGAGGCUACAGGAUGCCGUGCCCCCAGGACUGCCCCAUCUCGCUGCACGAGCUGAUGCUGCAGUGCUGGAAGAAGGACGCCGAGGAGCGGCCCACCUUCGAGUACCUGCAGGCCUUCUUGGAGGACUACUUCACAGCCACUGAGCCUCAGUACCAGCCCGGGGACAACCUCUAAACCCCCUCCAAACCCUCUCUCUCUCUCUCUCUCCAGGGAUGGGGGGGGCGGCGGCGGCGGCUCGGGGCUGGAACCACAUUAGCCGAAUCAGUGCUGUUAAAAAACUCUGGAGCCUUCCCAGAUAGGCCUUUAUUUUAGGGAUCUGUACAGCUUCCUCAGCUCAACGUGAGCAUUUCAGUUCCAACAACAAACCCCCAGAAACACAACCCUCAGUCUCUGACACGCCCCCUAGUGUCUGAACUCUGCAAAUGCGAUGAUUAGGGAAGCUGAGAGGUGGAGGAUGGACAGCGACAACUGGGGUUGUUAUAAUGCAAUGAAAAACCUGUAUUCAGUGUAAAUAAGAAAGGCUUGUUUUAGUUUAUUUGUUUGCUUCCGUUUCAGAUUUUAUUUUCUCCUGCACAAAAUAAUAAUAAUGAUAAAAAUAAUAAAGGCAAAGGAAGAUGAGCACCUGAGUGGGCACAGUUAAUCUGUAUUAUAUUGUAGUUCCUGUAUUAUUUUCUAGACAUUGAAUUGGAAGCCUCCAUUUUAUUUUUUUCCCUCCUCAUAAUGAAAAAAAAAAAUCUCCCCCAGAUUAUUGCUUUAUUCUUCACUCUUCAGUUGUUGCAGAGGCUUCUUCGGACAAGCAUGACGCAAUCCUCCAUCAGCCUUUUGUCUUUUCCCGCCAAACGUUCCUCGGAGCGCUAGCUGUUAGACGACGCUGUUGGAACAAGGUUCUUUUACAAAUGAUUUACGUCACAUGUUUUGUAAAUUAAAGCCGAGCGUGAAAGGAUUUUCAACAUAUCCCUCCUCGCUUCUAAUUUUGAGAAAAUCUGAGUGGAAUAUUUCUGUCUUUGUACCACAAGUGUUGUUUUUGUUGAGCUGGGAGAAAAGACAAGUUGACUUAAUAGAAGAAGAGUAUAUCUGCCUUUAUCUGAACUGUCGAUCCGAGGCCUCUCCUCCUCAUCAUCAACGACGUCUGUGGCGUUUUAUCUUUCCUUCCCUCGUCUCCUGCACAUCCUCCACUUGAGCCUGCAGGGUGCCGACCUGCAGCUGAACCUGGACCACCUCACCUCCUGACUCAUUUCUUCUUUUAUCUUUUAAUGACAAUGUUAUGUUCUAUCAGUAUUUAAGUCUUUGGUUUUUACAGAUCAUGUUUUUCUUUUUAACCUGUUUAAGUGAUCCUUUAAGAGACGGUUGUACUGUCAGUUCAGAGAAGCUUUGGGGCCAAUUCAUGCUGCAAUUCACAACAGGAACUGAAGAUUUUAAAGUUUGAAUUGAAGCUGAAUUGGUCCCGGCUGCUGAUCUGGUCUCUGCAGAUGGUUUCAUGGCCGAUGAAAAGCCCCUAAUUUUUCAUUUUUACAGCUAAAUGGUUUUUAAGUGUUGCUAACUUCCUUCCUUUACAUCUUUUAUUUCCAUUUUUGACAUAACUUGUUUUGUUAAUUCAGUGAUUUGGCGUUUGAAGUUCAGAAAAUAACAAUAAACAUUUUACACUCUUUCCAAGACA